GACGAGCAGCAAAAGCUCAACCACUCUGCUUAUUCUCCCAAAUUCUCAGCCAGUCUGAACCUGAGACACCUCGAUGAUUCCCUCAUUCUGCGGGACCCAUUUCAGCGACCUUCUGUCGUGCUUUCUUGUUCCUCUGUCCUCAUUUCUCUACUAUUUAUUAUUCAUUUAUCCCUCCAAGCUCACUCCCAAAACUCAGUUCUCACCUCACUUCCUCCCUUUCUCUUCCCCGUAAUUCUAAUCAUUUCCCACUAGGGUCUCCUCCAAUCCCAAAAACCGUGAUUGGUUUUUCUAGUUUCUCAGUUUCCUCAACUGGGCCUCCGUCAUUUUCUACUUUCAUUGCCAUUGACUUCUUGUUAAGGACAUGAACUACUGCUAGUUCUUAGAGGCGAAGCGUCGAACAUAAACAAUGGCAUCUAUUGGGCCUCUUCCUUUCACCUUUGACGCAAAGUCAGAUAGCUCUGUGCUUCUUCACAGUGCAAAUAAUCGCUGGCCCAGGUUCUCGUUCUUCGCGUAUCGGCCGAGAAAGCCGCUUGAUUCUACUGGAAAUACUGCUAUAUCAUGUGGGUGUUGGAAAGCUGCGGGAGAAGAUAAUGUUGGUUUAUCAUUAAGCUGUGAUAGACCGGUUCGUGGAUGCAGCAGAGGACGACAACGGAGACUUAUGCGUCCCAAGGCGACGGCCAAUGGAUUUAUGGAAGGUAAGGAUAAAGACAAUGAAGUAGAGGAUGCGCUUCAGGAUACCAUUGAAAAGAGCAAGAAGGUUUUUGCUAUGCAAAAGGACAUACUCCAACAGAUUGCUGAUAGAAGGAAACUGGUUUCUUCCAUAAAAAGUAGUGUUAUAAAUCAAGAGGAUGACGAGGUUUCUUAUAAAGGGAGGGGUAAUGCUUCUGUGAAUCUGGAUCUUGUCUCUGCCAGUAACAGUACUGUUGACGACCAUAGUAGCAGUAUUCCUUCCGGCAACUAUGCCCCUUCGACUGUAGAUGAGGUCGCAGAAACUCCACCUUCAUAUAUUGGUAGUGGUUUUGAUGAAGUUAAGAAGGAAUAUGGAAAAGUGGCACUUUCUAGAAAAGCUUCGUCUGAGGGAGACAAUAGUAAACAAUUAGAAGACACUAAUUCAAAAGCAGUUUGGUCAGAUGGUCUGCCUUCCUUUCUUUCAAGUUCGUCUGAAAGUUCCAUUAUAGUAGAUGAAAACCAUCAAAAUAAAACAAUUUUAACGGAGGUGGAUAGUGAGGCAAAUGAUCCUGUGAUUGAAGAUGUCAGCCCUCCUUUGGCUGGGGCCAAUGUGAUGAACGUUGUGUUGGUAGCUGCAGAAUGUGCUCCAUGGUCUAAAACAGGUGGGCUUGGAGAUGUUGCUGGGGCUUUGCCAAAGGCUUUGGCACGGCGUGGACAUCGGGUUAUGGUAGUAGCACCUCGGUAUGGAAAUUAUGCUGAACCACAAGAUACAGGGGUUCAAAAGGUGUAUAAGGUAGAUGGGCAGGAUGUGGAAGUAAGUUACUUCCAAGCCUAUAUUGAUGGUGUAGACUUUGUUUUCAUUGAGAGUCAUAUGUUUCAGCAUAUGGAGCACAAUAUAUAUGGAGGAACUCGAGUGGAUAUUUUGAAACGCAUGGUAUUAUUUUGUAAGGCAGCUGUUGAGGUUCCUUGGCAUGUUCCAUGUGGUGGUGUCUGCUAUGGAGAUGGAAAUUUGGUUUUCAUCGCGAACGAUUGGCAUACAGCAUUGUUGCCUGUGUAUCUGAAGGCAUACUAUCGCGACAAUGGUCUAAUGAAAUAUACAAGGUCCAUCCUUGUAAUUCAUAACAUAGCUCACCAGGGUCGGGGCCCUGUUGAUGAUUUCGCCCAUGUUGAUCUGCCAGAACACUACCUGGAACCUUUUAAACUGUAUGAUCCUGUAGGAGGUGAGCACUUCAAUAUCUUUGCAGCUGGUUUAAAGGCAGCGGAUCGUGUGGUUACAGUUAGUCACGGAUAUGCCUGGGAGCUCAAAACUUCUGAAGGUGGUUGGGGUUUGCAUGGAAUCAUAAAUGAGAAUGACUGGAAAUUGAAGGGUAUUGUGAAUGGGAUCGAUAUGAAAGACUGGAGUCCGCAAUUUGAUGUUUACCUGACAUCAGAUGGUUACACCAUCUACUCCCUUGAAACACUUAAAACUGGCAAACCUCAGUGCAAGGCAGCCUUACAGAAGGAGCUUGGUCUUCCGAUCCGGGAGGAUGUCCCAGUGAUCGGUUUCAUUGGGAGACUGGAUCACCAGAAAGGAGUUGAUCUAAUAGCCGAGGCAAUCCCAUGGAUGAUGAGUCAGGACGUGCAAUUAAUCAUGUUGGGCACUGGCAGACCUGACCUGGAGCAGAUGCUCAGGCAGUUUGAGAACCAACACCAUGACAAAAUCAGAGGCUGGGUUGGUUUUUCUGUUAAGACAGCUCAUCGUAUAACUGCUGGUUCGGACAUUUUGCUCAUGCCGUCCAGAUUUGAGCCGUGCGGACUGAACCAACUGUAUGCUAUGAGCUAUGGGACAGUUCCAGUUGUGCAUGCUGUCGGUGGACUGAGAGAUACUGUGCAGCCAUUUGAUCCAUUCAACGAGUCAGGGCUUGGGUGGACAUUCGAUAGUGCUGACGCACAUAAGCUAAUACAUGCGUUGGGGAACUGCUUAUUGACAUACCGAGAGUAUAAGCAGAGUUGGGAAGGACUACAGAGACGAGGGAUGAUGCAAGACCUGAGUUGGGACAAUGCUGCUCAGCACUACGAGGAGGUCCUUGUUGCUGCCAAAUACCAAUGGUGAGAUUUUUUUUUUUUUGAACUUCUUGCAAGGACUAGGCUCAUACAUUUGGAGCUUGUGAAUACUGGAGUUAUUUCAAUGCCGGAGUCAAAUGUUGGGGGAAAGAAACUAUAUGAAACUGGAUUGGAGGUAAAUAUUGUAGGAAGAUUUUCUUUGUUUACCUGUUUUUAGACUAGUCGAGGAGGUCAAAGCAUUUGAUUGCUUGGUUUAUGUGGGCCACUUUGAUCACCUAUCUUGUACUUUGGGUACAGUUAAUGUGUAACUAGAGACGGUGAGAUUCUACUGCUGGCAACAGAAGGGAUGAUUGAUGGCUAAAUGCAGAGGCUGACAUUCUGGCCCCUGUUUUCCU